CGGUAAAAAACGGUGUAAUUUACCAACGUAAUUUACACGCCCAACCCUGGUCGCCACCACUCGAUAUUUCUCGCAAUCAGUUGUGACUCUGGUCUAUAUUAAAAUGGCGGACAAGACUCGGGUGUUGGAUCGUGAUGGGAAAACUCCGGAGAAUCAUGAGAAGGAGGGCAAGAGUAAAAGUGCGAAAAAACGAGAAGGAAAGAAGAAGAAUCAGCCGUCAAAUUCCUCGAAAGAGAACAAUGAAAUGGUCCCAGCGGAUGGAGAAGUGCCUGGUGCAUGCAAUAUUUCCAUAAAGGAGAUUGAGUUGGCAAUGGAAGUGUUUAAAAUGCAACUCAAGCCAGCUAAGACACAGGAGGAGGCUAUGCAGAAGGCUUAUCAAUUCUGGAGCACUCAACCAGUCCCCAAAAUGGAUGAAAAAAUUGUGGUUAAUGAACCCAUUGAACAGAACAAAACGUCCAUCAGGCCCGAGCCGUACUCCCUCCCCGAUGGCUUCCAGUGGGAUACCCUGGAUCUGGACGAUCCAUUAGUCCUCGCAGAGUUGUACACGCUGUUGAGCGAAAAUUACGUCGAGGAUGACGAUGCCAUGUUCAGAUUCGACUAUCCACAAAAUUUUCUCAAAUGGGCCCUGCAGCCUCCAGGCUGGUGCAAAGAGUGGCACUGUGGGGUGCGUGUGAUAAAAAGUGGUCGUUUAGUCGGAUUUAUCUCCGCAAUCCCUGCGACUCUGCGUGUCUACGAUCACUCCCAAAAAAUGGUGGAAAUAAAUUUCCUCUGUGUUCACAAAAAACUGCGAUCAAAACGCGUUGCUCCAGUGUUAAUUCGGGAGAUAACGAGGCGAGUCAAUCUUCUGGGAAUAUUCCAGGCUGUCUACACUGCUGGUGUUAUUCUACCAAAGCCCAUAACCACCUGUCGCUAUUGGCAUCGUUCCCUCAACCCAAAGAAACUCAUUGAGAUCAAAUUUUCACAUUUGUCACGUAAUAUGACGAUGCAGAGGACACUCAAGUUUUAUAAACUUCCUGAACAUCCCAAAGUGCCUGGAUUUAGGAAACUCGAGGCCGGAGAUGCUGUUCAAGCUUAUAAAUUACUCAAUGAGUAUCUAGAAAAGUUUGAUCUGGCACCAAUUUUCAACGAAGAGGAGUUUCGCCACUGGUUCACACCCCACAAUGGCAUUGUAAACAGUUUUGUGGUGGAGAAUGAGGGGAAAAUCACGGAUUUAGUGAGUUAUUACACUCUACCGAGCUCUGUGAUGCAUCACCAGACGCACAAGACACUCAAAGCUGCUUACAGUUUCUACAAUGUCUCGACAAAAACACCCUGGAUUGAGCUGAUGACUGAUGCCCUUAUUUCAGCGAGGAAUUUGGGCUUCGAUGUUUUUAAUGCCCUCGAUCUAAUGGACAACAAGGCAUUCCUGGAGGCCUUAAAAUUCGGUAUUGGCGAUGGAAACCUUCAAUACUACCUCUACAACUGGCGUUGUCCCAGCAUGACACCCAACAAAAUCGGUCUUGUCCUUCAGUAACUCAGCAAAUUGAAAAUAGUGACAAGUCUGGAUGCUUUUUUUUACUGUGAACAUGAGUUCAGUCGAGUCCACGAGUUCGAGGACUUGGGGGGAGGGGAGUGAAAAAUGUGGGGAAUUCAAUGGACGAAUUGAGAAUAAUUAGUAGAAACAGAGGGGGGUGAAGAGUGUUUGCUUCGUAGCAAAGACAAAAUUCAUUAUUUUAAUUAAUUAAUAGAGGAUAUUAAUUUUUCUUCCUUCUGCCUUUGAUUUAUUUAGAAUUUGGGUCAUAUUUUUUUCUCUGGUAUUCGCCAUUUUGUCUGCCAUUAUAUUCGAAAUUCUGCCAAAUAAUGAAAACUGGAUGAUUUAUUAGGGAGUUGAUAAAUGAAGAAUAAAAAUCAGAUAAAGUUAUUUGAACAA